AUGCCAUGUACGCGUCUGCGGCAUGCAGCCACCACUCGCCUUCGUUGGGCUGGAUAUCCCCAAGUCAGCAGGGCAACCCAUCCCUCGCUGACUUGUUCGCACUUGUAGUCACACAGAGCAAGACACAUACGCUCGCAGCAGCACUCACCGCAACGAUCGAUGCUCUGGCGGGGUCAGGCGUGUUGGAGGGUACAAAUUCACCUACAUCCUCGCCCUCGAGAUUCGUCCAGCAAGCUUGCAGAACCUGUCCGAUUGUCUCUCCCCCGAACAAUCUUUCCCUCACGGUAGCCCAGCCCGGACUUCUUAACCUUGCUAGCCCAGCAACAACAUGGCUCCUUUACAGAAAGUGAUUGCGGUGUACGGAGCCACUGGUGUCCAGGGAACGGCCAUCGCCCUCUCGCUUCUCAAAAGCCAGCAAAACUUUGUCGUCCGGGCAUUGACCCGGAAUCCUCAGUCGGAAAAGGCCAAGGAACUAGCCCGUCUUGGUGCGGAGGUGGUCAAGGCCGAUGGGUUCAACGACAAUGGGAUGAAGGAUGCCCUUUCUGGCGCCUGGGGUUUUUGGCUCAACACUCAUCAUCAUGAUCCAGCGGUAAUGCAACCCAAUGGCCCAACGGACGAGGAUCUCGGCAACCGACUGGUCGAAAUCGCGGCCGCGGCCGGCGUCAAGGUCUUCAUUUACAGUACCUGCGAGUCGCCUGCUUUGUUCACCAAGGGCGUCGCGCCCGUGCCCGGCAUGGAUGCCAAGCACCGGGUCGAGAUGUAUGCCAGAACCUUCAAGGAGUUCGACUCCGUCAUCGGAGCCUUCCCGGGGUGGUAUUUUGAGAACUACAUCACCCCCGAGUACGCCCAGGCCUUUGGGGGAUUCCCCAUGUUUCCUGACAACGAGGGCUACCUGACCUGGCAGGCCCCCCUGGUGGGUGGUGAAGGCAAGGUCCAGACCGUCUCCAUCAAGGACGAUUUCGGGGAGAUGGUGCACGGAAUGUUCUUGAACCCACUGAAGUGGCAGAACCGAACUAUUCAGUGCGUGAGUGACGCGUUCACGUAUGAUGACAUGGUGAAGACGUUCGCCGAGGUCACCGGCAAGAAAACGCGUCACGUACCUCUGGCCUCGGCAGAGGACCUCCCUGCCCAUGGCAACAGCGUGAUGAUUGAGUUGCAGGAUGUCUUCCGGUACACUCAAAACAACAAUGGUUGGUUCUUUGGCAACCCCGACGAUUUCGAGACUUGCCAAUCUCUGAAGGAUGAGGCGCGCCGGGAUAAGGGCCUCGAGCCGGAGCCGGUUAUCUCCAUGACCAAGUACUUUAUCAAGCACUAUGGACCCAACUAGCUUGGUAAGACGAGAGUGCUCUGUUGUGAUUAAUGAGACAUCGGAUGGCUGCUCCACGACACUUUACUUUGUUGCUUCGAACGUAGCAUUGCGGGUUAGGUAUCGGACCAUUGCUCCCUAGUAAAGCAAAAUGAAGAUUAGGCGUGUGUUCAAGGGAGAAAUACUAUAGUACUAUGAUGGCCCCGUCGUAGCAAACAAAGACUUCUAUCUUGUGUGUGGCAUACGUGGGCGGAAGCCUGAGGCAGCGGGUCAAACAUCGCAUCGGAAUUGCCCCGCCAGCCCUCGGGCGGUGA